GAAUACAUACCUCGCAACAUAAAGCAUGGAGGUGAUUUACAAGCCGUCGACACAACAUCUGCCAAUGCAAACGCACUGCCCAAGGUGACGACGCCCCACCACACUCUUUUAAUAGUGAUAAUUUACUAUAAAACAGCAAAACACUCCCAAUCCUUACGUCCGUACUCGACACACUCGAACAAAUUGACAAUCAGUGCCCAUCAUGGAUAAAAAACAAAUUUUACUCUACUCUCUGGCCGUCUGGUUAGGCGGUUGCGUGCUGGCCCUCCCACAUCCGGCCCCACGAAACCGUGAACGGAACCUUCCCACCCCGAACGCGCAAGUUCACUACAAUUUGACGUCCGCAGAAUCGGGGAUCUCCGAAGAAACUUUUAUCGACUACAGUCCGACUGCGGCCGCGAUAUCAAAAGACCGGCCAAGCACGUGUAACGAUUGUGUGUGCGGCAUCAGCAAUAGAAAAAUGCGAAUUGUGGGUGGUAAUAUAACCGAAUUGCACGAGUUUCCGUGGAUGGCGAGCUUCACCAAACGGGGGAAAUUCUACUGCGCGGGUAGUCUGAUCAGCAAGAAACACAUCCUCACUGCCGCUCACUGCUUGGAAGGAUUCAACACCGAAGAUAUCCACAUUGUUUUGGGGGACCACAACAGAGCCUCUCGCGAAGACACGGUGGUCCGUCGUAGGAUAAAAUCUGCCCAAAUUCACGAGAAUUUCGACCCUUACUCGUACAACAACGAUAUCGCUCUCGUCGAGUUGGACAAACCAGUUCAAUUCAACGGCAUCAUUCGUCCAGCUUGUCUACCGGACAACCGGCCCAUUGACUAUGCUGGAUCCAUGGCAGUUGUCGCGGGAUGGGGGCGAACCGGUGAACGUGAAUCGGUGAGCGAUUCUCUUCGAAAAGUCGACCUUCCGAUCUUAUCGGACGAGGAAUGUCGCAUGGCCGGCUACGACAAGAAACGACUCACCGAGAACAUGUUCUGCGCUGGAUAUCUCGAGGGACAGCGUGACGCUUGCCAGGGCGACAGCGGCGGUCCACUUCACAUAGUUGGAUCGUAUGGCCACUUGGAAGUAAUCGGUAUAGUUUCAUGGGGCAGAGGGUGUGCGAGACCGCAAUUUCCCGGUAUCUUCACCAAACUUACAAAUUACUUGGGUUGGCUACGCGAUCACCUCGACGGUCAAUGCGUAUGUCCACCGCCAACGGCCUUACCAACGGUUCUUCAUUAGGUCAUUCGAUCGGACCAGAAAUUCACCCCCUACCUCGAAUACCUUAUUUAUGUCAUUUUCGAUACCGGAGUAUCGAGUAGCCGAUGAGAACCUUCAUCGAAUGCUGUUACUUGCAUUCCGUAUGGUUAGAACACGAAAAUUCAUAAUCUAGUCUGUCUUAGAUGUUAAGCGAGCCUCUGUGAGGUAAUGUGAUUUAUGUUUCUCUAUUUAUAAUUAAUCAUACACUUGUCUAAAAAAUAAAGUUAUCGUGCGUAAUUAG